CGAAUUUCGCCCCAAAUCGUAUUCGGAGUUGGCAGCACCCUCUCAGAUUACAACGAAACUUUCUGGGUAUGUACACCAAGACUAGAUAAGCCACUUUGCAUACUUAGUUUCUUCAAAAUUUAUCUGGACUGACUUUUGAAAAGGGCUAAACUUUUUUUAUGGAUUUUUUAAAAAUGUUUUUAAUAAAAAAAUGACUACUCCUACAAAAAAGUGUUGUAUGGGUGAUUAUCACAAAAUAAGUCAAAUUUUAAGAAAAAAAAUACUAAAAAAAAUCCAAAAUGAGCCCUACACUGAAAAAAAUCAUUUCUAAAAAUUCAAAGUUGAUUUAAAAAAAAACACCAUUUUUGAUUUUGAUGAAAUUUUGUCUCAAGACAGGUAAUUAUGUUCCCUACCAACCGUCCAUACAUCACAAGAUAGGCACUUUUAAGGAAAAAAAGUUUUUCUAACAAAAACUUUUUCAUGUCCAAAUUAUUAAUUUUUCAGUGUCUUUUUUUAAAAACAAACUAAACCAGUGAAGGUUAUCUAGUAAUCUCAAAAUGCAAUGAAACUUAUUGUGUCAUAUGCGACAAUGCAAUGCACCCAUAUUCACGCAGCAGCACUCUAGAAGUACGAAACAAUAUACAAUUAGAACACGCAUUUCAUACGUCGUGCUGCUGUAAUUUCUACCCAAACGUUUCUACCCCAUGUUCUUACCUAAUAUUAGGUAAGGCUAUUUAUUAGAUUCGAACUACCUAAUCGAAAAAAAAAAUCAAGAGUUGUACCUAAAGCAAAUAUGAACAAAACAAGAAAAUGAAUCAGUAUCAUUCAACGUGUUACUUCUCUUUGGUUAUUAAAGGCAGUUCUGAAAAGUAAUGGAUCAAUCGUAUAAAUCAAAAUUCAACAAAUUCAAGUGCAGUGCAAAAAUAAACAAUCCAAAGUGCAACCGUCAUAAUCUACGGGGCAUGUCAUUAAGAUUGAUAGAUAAGAUUCAUUCCAUGGGAUAUACACAUGAAAUCGACGAAUCGAUGAGUAUUUGUGAGUCAUGUCGUGGAUUGAUAAGUCACAACAGAAGCCCGAAUACGAAAAAAACGCCGAUCGGAUGGAAACGACGAAACUAUGCAACCAUCAUUUAGUGGGCAGCAACAUCAUGAUGUUCCAGAACCAGAACCGUCAACGAGUGGUCAACAAAUCGAACAUGAGCUGGAUAUGGUACCAUCUAUUCCAUCAUUGGAGUCAAUUCCGUCAACAGAUCAACUACAGGGUCCCCAUAAUAUUGAGAAGUUUAAUACCAUUGCUGAAACAUUGAGUUUAUCGCCAAUCUCAUCUAGAAACAUGAGAAGUAUGGAAUAUCGCAUAAACAAAUCAUUGCAGAUUACGAAAGCAGUUCGAAAAAAUAUCUUCGGAAUAGAUUCAACGGAUGUUGGCAAAGUGGAGGCGUAUGACGAGAUAGUUAUGCAGUUAAAGGAUAAGUUUAAUCACCCUACAACUGACAGAAGCGAACAGAUUAAAAUACUAUCUGUACUUCCUAAGUCUUGGUCGGUAAAUAAAAUCACAAGAGAGUUUAACGCACCAAUGUAUAUGGCGAGGCAGGUGAAGGAUCUUGUUUAUGAACAGGGUAUUCUUUGUACCACCGAAAAAAGAAGGGGGCAUGGUAUUGAUGACGAUACAAAACAAAUAGUAAGAGAAUUUUUUGAUGAUAAUGAUAUCAGCAGGCCAAUGCCAGGAACAAAUGAUUUUGUUUCUGAGGUUCGAAAUGGAAAAAAACAAGUUCAAAAACGACUUUUGAUGAUGUCGCUCAAAGAGGCUUAUAUGAUUUUUGUAGAUAUGUACAAAACUGUGAAUAUUGGUUUCACAGUAUUUACACAGUUGCGACCAAAGCAUUGUAUUUUACUUGAUUCUACUGGUAUACAUAAUGUAUGCAUAUGUACUGCUCAUGAAAAUGUAAAUUUAAUGUUCAACAGUAUAAGAAUUGUGUCACAAGAUGAAAUAAUACAAAAAAUGCUUUGCGAUAUUUCCACCAGAACAGAUAAUUGCUUUUUCCGUGCUUGUGAAAAGUAUGCUUGUAAUGAACACAUUGAAGAGGAACUUACAUUGAUAUUAGAAUCAAAUGACAAAGAAGAGAUUAUAUUUCAGCAGUGGUUGAAUACUGAUCGCUGUAAUUUAGAAACGAUUAUUAAACCUGUUGAUGAAUUUGUUCCGUAUCUUGUUGAUAAAAUUGACAAACUUAUAACACACGACUUUAUUCAUAAACAACAAUCAUCAUUUCUCAGAAAUAAAAAAGAUACAUUAAAGGAUGAUGAAAUUCUUGCGAUUUGUGAUUUCUCUGAAAACUAUUCAUUCAUAAUUCAAAACGCUGCUCAAGGAUAUCAUUGGAACAACUCGCAAGCAACAAUACACCCAUUUGAAAUUUACUAUAUGAAAGAUAAUAAACUUGUAAAUGUUAGCUUCAUUAUCAUAUCGGAAGUAAUGGCUCACGAUACAGUUGCGGUCCAGUUGUUCAUCUCAAAAAUGAUAGAUUUUAUGAAACAAUUAACGAACUUUUCUAAAAUUUAUUUUAUGUCUGAUGGGGCAGCAUCACAAUACAAAAAUAAGAAGAACUUUGCUAGUCUAUGUAGAUUCCAGUCAAAGCAUGCAUUAAGAGCAGAAUGGCAUUUUUUUGCAACGUCCCACGGUAAAGGUCCAUGUGAUGCUAUUGGUGGCACUCUCAAGCGAAUGGCAAAGAGAGCAAGUCUUGCUCGAGAUUAUGGAAAUACCAUAACAACUCCACGAGAGUUAUAUAACUGGGCAGUUGUACAGACAGAUAAAAAUAUAACUAAAUUAAAUUUCUGUUACGUAUCCACUGAACAGUACAUUAAAAUGUCAGAAGAUCUCGAAGAAAUAUAUAAUAACGCCAAAACAAUACCAGGCACUCAGAAAUUCCAUAGUUUUUUGCCUAUUCCUGGCGACAAAGUAAAGGCAAACAAGUAUUCUAAUUCAGAAGAUGAACCAAAAAUAUUUAGUAUGAUCGGAAAAAAAUAGAAAAGAACAUGUUUGAAAUUGGCUCUAAGACACAUACAUAUAUAUUUGAAAAAUUCAUAAUUAUAAAUAAUUGUAUAUUUAAAAGUGCACUUCAAUACAUAUUGCGAUCAAACAUUACAUUUCCUAAGAAAAUACAUUUGUAAUAUUUUCAGUUUUUUAUGUAUAGGAAAACCCUUCCAAAUGAUUGAAUAAAUAACACAAAAUCUCCUAGAAAAUUGAGUUUCAUUGGAUUCUGGGAUUGUUAUGGCCUUCACUGGUUUUAUUGUUGAUAACAAAAUACACUGAAAAAAAAAUCAUUCGAGCAAGAAAAAGUUUUUGUUAGAAAAACUUUUUUUCCUUAAAAGUGCCUAUCUUGUGAUGUAUGGACGGUUGGUAGGGAACAUAAUUACCUGUCUUGAGACAAAAUUUCAUCAAAAUCAAAAAUGGUGUUUUUUUUAAAUCAACUUUGAAUUUUUAGAAAUGAUUUUUUUCAGUGUAGGGCUCAUUUUGGAUUUUUUUCAGUAUUUUUUUCUAAAAAUUUGACUUAUUUUGUGAUAAUCACCCAUACAACACUUUUUUGUAGGAGUAGUCAUUUUUUGAUUAAAAACAUUUUAAAAAAAUCCAUAAAAAAAAGUUUAGCCCUUUUCAAAAGUCAGUCGAGAAAAAAAAUUAGAAAAAUGAGUAUGCAAAGUGGCUUAUCUGGGCAAGGUCUACACACCAAGAAAGUUUCGUUGUAAUCUGAGAGGGUGCUGCCAACAUUUGUUCGAGUUGGCGCGAAAUCCGUCAU